AUGCGACGAAGAUUCGACGGAUUCGAAGAAGACACGAGAAGAUAUCGCAGACCGCGGCUGAUAGAUGAUGACCAUGUAGGAUUCCGUCUUCUGGACCCGAGUGCCAAUGUUCAUCAUCAGUACUACCUGGAUAUACCCGAGCCUCCGCGAGCUCCCGAACCGUACAAGAUAUCAGGCGCAUCAUCUUCGAUGACCCGAGCACACCGCAGAUCCAGCUUUGUUAUUCUCGCGGACGCGAUCGAGCCGACCUCGAGGUCUGUCGGUGGAUCGCCAACGCAUGAGCAGAGGAUCAUCAGGAGUCCCUUGUCCCCCACGAGGGUGAUUCCUGGUGGUAGGUCCUCGCCAUUCCGGCCUAGAGGCUUUAAAGGCCCGCUUCCGCAUGCACAAUCUAGACCUCAGAGUCCUCCCGUACCUGCCCGCCGAUUUAUUCAGCCCAAAUCAUUGUCACAAGGAAAUAGUCCAAGGAAACAAAGUCUGAUCCCCCAACCACGAGGUGGCCUGGUCUCACAUCGUUCCAAUCUAAAGAACAAAGAGCGUGAUAAAUGGGAACGUCGGUCAGGUCGUUAUGUCACCAAAAUUCCGCGCUCCAGUUCCCUGAAAACUCCGGGAGCAAAACAAAUCCGUCCAGCCGCAGAGACGAUACGUGGAGCAAGACCAUCAACCAGAAGUGUCAAAAACAAUGCAACAAAUGUAAAAUCCAGUGGUGUAGUUACAGGUACAGCUAAUAAAGCUGGAAUUCCUGGAAAGGCUAAUGGAAAUCCAGGUAAAUCCCCGGAUAAGAAGAUAAAUCGAUCGCCAACAAAAAUACCAGUUCGUUAUUCGGCUUUUGCUACUGGAGGCGUCGCUAGUAAUAAUGGAGGUGGAAGAUUUAUUAAGAUUUCAGAUAAUAAUAGCGAUGAUAAAAAAGAAAUAAAUUCACCAACGGUAUCUUCUGAAUCUUCCUCAGUGCCUGCUACCACCACCGACGAGUCUGUUGUAAUUGGUAGCGCGGAAACCUCAACGCCAGUCCCAGCUCUCCAAAUUUCAGGUGAUAAAUCUUCAGACAAAAAGGAAAACGAUCAUGGAUUGAUAGAUCUUCUUAAACACCCGUCAAAAGGUGAAGGAACUAAGAGUGUCGUUAGUGCAACGACCACGACAGCAGUCCAGCCGCUUAAAAUUGACGCUACUAAUAUUAUUCCUGACAGUAGUACUGUUAUUGAAACAGCUGCUGUUGUUACUUCUAAUAAUGAAAAUAAUAAUAAGGAUGAUAAAAAUGGUUUGCCGGAACAGAUAAAGCCUAAUAGUAACAGUAAAGUUGAUAAUAACCCGGAAGCUAAAGCUAAAGAAGAAAUCAAAGCUAAGGAAGAAAGCAAAAUUAAGCCCGAAGAUAAACCACCAGAAGUUCAGGAAGUUCAGGCAGUUGUAGAGCCAAUUAAUGUCGAAGCUGUUGUCAAAGUUGAAAACGGUAACGAUGAAAAGAAAACUCGAGAAAAUUUAAAUUUAAAGAUUCAAGAGACAAAAGCUGAGCGUUCAUUGGAUGAAGGUGAUAAAAAAUUAAAAACUGAUGAAACUGAUAGAGCUAUUGAAGCCGGCUCGCUUAAUCCUGUCGGUGAUAAUAAACGUCAAGAAAACGACUCAUCGGGGAAUAAUGAAAGGACUGAUCAGGGAAAAGAUAAAGGACGGAACCACGGAAGUGAAACUUCUCUCAAGUCCUCAAAUGGAUUAUCAACCGGCUCGGUGGAGAGCAUUCGCUCUACGGACACUGGAGUUAGUCUCAAUACUGUCAGAGGGGUUUCUUCUGCUAGGGAAAAACGCGGCACUCAUGUUGUAAAACGUUCUCAGGAGAUUGAAACACUCAGCGGUAAUGUGAUGCAUGUCGAGAGUCAACGAAAUGGCGAACCUGCGAUCGUGGAGGUGACCGAGCCGACAGUCGCAGUUAUUCAACCAACGGACACCAGCCAGCUUGGAGCGGCUGCUACCAGAAGAGAGAGGUUCCUUAAAUGGAGAAAUUCCGCGGUUAAACGGCUGCAGGAUCGUUGGAGCAACACCAAAGCCAAGGGAAGAAAUAUGAAGUGCUUUAAUUUUCGGAGACACAAGAAGAACGUCGCACAGCUGAGUCAGAUUAAUCAGCAGCAAGAACCCAAGAGUGCCAAGACCAAGAAACCUAACUCUUGGUCUUGCUUCAAGCCAGCUUGCUGCAGAAAAGUACGAGCAGGGUCCAGAAUUGCUCCAGCAGAAACGACGACCUGCUGUCGGCCUGAAAAAAGCUGCUGCUUCCCAUGCAAGCCAAUAAGCUGGUGCCGAUUGCCCAGCUGGUGUUCCUGCAAGAAAAAAGAGACCACCAGGGACAUACGUGCCAAACACAGUUUAACCAGCGUCGCACCACCGCCACUCUCGGAGGAGCAGAAAUCCAAGAUCCCGGAUGUUCUGAUUGAGCACAACUCCGUGAUGCGGGCUGCCAUUCCCUGUCUUCCCGUCCCACUGGCCUGGUUCUGCCUCGUUUGGAAUGUCCUCCUUCCCGGUACAGGUACUAUUUGGAGUGGGUUGUUUAAUUUAUGCAUUGGUCAACCUCGGUUUGCUGCGACGUCAAGUGCCAGGUCACGAUUGGGCGCGUUUAUUGUCGAUAUUAUUGUUGGAGUCAGCCAAGCUUUUACUGUGCUCUUUUGUCUGGUCGGAUGGGGCUGGAGUAUUUGGUGGGGUGUUACCAUGAUACGUUUAGCGAGAAAAUGGAAACGAUUCAAAGCUGCUGAAGCAAGUAGCAAUGACUUGGAAGCUGGUGGAGAUAUUGAUGGAAAUUUGCCUGCACCCGGAGUACCUACUCAAGCUCUGCGUGAAAUGGAGCGGGCUCGUAGAGAAGAAUUGUAUUAUUAUAUUAUUUUAUUUUCAUCUAGACAGUGGUACACUUGGUAG